ACAACACAGAUUAUGGUCCGUAAAAAGAAUAAAAGACAUAUUCAAUCCACACCAUUGGCCAAUGAGACCCAGUCCAGAAGCCUUACAUUAACAGAUAUGGAAUUACGAGAACUUAUUCGUCAAGGUCUAGUAGUCGAUGAAGUUUAUGAAAUAUUAUCAUAUGAUCGAAAAAAUAUGCCUUGGAUUGAUAACUUUAUUAAUCAUUCGAUUGAGCUCGAUGAUCUAAGAGAAAAAGCAUAUCACGCCUUAAAUGAGAGAACUUUUUAG